AUGGAUCCCAAUGUUAGACAAAUGUUGACAUCAAGUGUUUGCAAUCUUAAUGGUACUCAACUCAAAGUUGCUGUCAAUAUUGAUUUGCCGUAUUGUGAUCUGGGAUAUGAUUCCGAUGGUAAAUAUGUGAUGAAAAAAUCAAUUGAGUUCAAUAUGAUUAAACUGAUGGCCAACCGAUUCAAUUUUACCAUUGAAUUGGUUUACGCCAACCAAAGCUGGGGUAGUCUACAGAAUGGGGUUUGGAUGGGAAGUGUUGGCCAUCUCUAUAAUAAAACUGCAGACUUGGCUAUCUGUGACCUGACCCGCAAUAGCGAACGGUCAAAGGCCGUAGACUUUACCAAAGCCUACAUAACAGUUCCCGUAACGUUUGUGGCCACCAAACCGGGCCUGAAGUCGCGCACAUGGAUUACAAUAACACCGUUUUCGACUAAUGUCUGGCUGGCCAUAGUCAUGACAUUUAUCAUAACAACCCUAUUCCUACAGUACAUCUAUCGGAUCAAACAUCCCGGUGCUAAUCGGGUCGACUCGAUAUCCAUUACCCUAUUCGGCACACUAUUACAGCAAUCCAUAAUAAUAAUUGAUUCAAAAUAUCUGUCGUUACGACUGAUAAUAUGUCUUUGGCUAAUGUCGACAAUGAUACUAAUGAAAACCUAUUCGGGAAUAUUUUUCUCAAUACUAACUGUUCCCGAAUAUGAUGAACCAAUUGAAUCGCUAGAUGAUCUGGUCAGGGCCAGCAAACUAGCCGAUCGCUAUUCAGUGAUAACGGUUCCCAAUUCGGCUUAUUUCGAUCUGUUUGUCCGCAGUUCGUGUUGUAGCGACUAUUACUAUAUCGGGAAAAAUAUUAAUAAGACAUCCCGCGAACUACUGAUGCCCGGCUCGACCAAUACGGGUAUCGAUAGGAUCAAUGAAGGAGGAGGAGGACAGGGAGCAGCCAAGAGGAAUGUCAUAUUUAUCUAUACAUCGGUUCCCAUAUUCUAUGGCAUACGUAAGUACGCCAAAGUCGAAAUGCAUGUCUCGUCUGAAACAUUGAUGAUGGAUCAGAUGGCAAUGGCCCUGCAAAAGGGUUCACCAUUGCUCCGGUCGAUGAACAAGGCUAUUGAACAGUUCACUGAAAAUGGUUUAUUUGAUAACUGGAUGACUGAGACAAUGAAUGCCGUCGGUGGUGGUGGUGGUGGCGGCGGCGGCGGUGGCCAUACAGACAACAACUCACCGAUAAUUAAGACAAAUCAAAUUGAGAGCUAA